AAGAAAUUGUCACUCCUAAAGAAACAAAGCUGCAUUUAUGCUUCAGUCCUUCAGCCCACUCCCUCAAUCCUUCUCCAUGGCCCCUUGUCUGGUACUGUACUUCAUUCUACGCUCACUUGUGCAAACAGGACAGAUCUUGCAAGAGGUUACAAAAGAGCACAGAAAAAUAUUGAGCAAUUAGCAGAUAUAACAUUUUAUAUACAAGGAAAUAUGAAGACUGUACAGGUUGUUGUUUUGAUGGUUGCCGUCUUGGGAGUAAUUGCAACCCCCACUGGUCGACUUUCCUGUUACAAGAAAAUCCUGAGGGAUCGAAAUUGUCAUAACAUCCCAGAGGGACUGGACCAUCUUAGAUCCCUGGAUGGAAAUCUCCAGGACCUGUUUUGGGAAGGGAACAGAUGUGAGAUGGUCUGUUACUGUAAUUUUAAUGAAUUGCUCUGCUGUCCAAAAGAUAUAUUCUUUGGACCGAAGAUAUCUUUUGUGAUUCCUUGUAACAAGCCUUGAUAAAUAAUGAGUUGGAUUAAUUACAACAAGAAGAUUGACUGACCAUGAAAAUGUGAUAUUAUUAAACGUAUUACCACAAGCACGAUGUAAAUAAAGAACAUGAGUACCA